UCAGUGAGUAUUUUCUUCCCUUUUACUUUUCUUGAAAAAAAGAUGCCCAAAACAAGCACUUUGUUUGCUGGUAUUGCACUUGUCACAGCACUCACCUAUCAAUCUCGUAUUAACUUGAUCACGCAUACUGCUCAAGUUCAGCACCAGAUCGAUCAAGCAAAGGAACAAGCUGACUUGAUAACGCGAAAGAAAAACGAAGUACUUGUUCGAUUAUCACUCGAACGCCCUCCCAGUUCAAUAGAGCGUUUUGUAGAUAACACAAGUUCCUAUUACGAAAAGCGUCUUGUACCUUCAGGUACGUUAUCAAUUCUCCGUUACUGAAUUGACCUUUUCUUUUUUUAAUAGUAAAAGAAUCAUGGAACGCACAAGUUAUGCAACUCACAUCUAUUAUCAUUCAAUCUGAUUUACCAACAAAAUGCAGCAAGUUUAUCAUGAGAAAUGUGUUUGGAUGCAAUUAGAAAAAAAAGUAUACCAACUGUACAGUAAUAGAGAGAGCAUUAAAAAAAAUAAAAAUAUAAAAAUAUA